GUAUCAACUCCGAGCACCCACGAAUUAAGCAUCGAUGUUUGUUGUACCGUCUGCUAGGAUGGCAGCGAUAAAAUUAAUUUUGUCUUUGUUCAUAAAUUUAACAGUAUAUGUUGUUCUAACUGUAGCAGGAAGAGACUUUUAUGCCAUCUUAGGCAUACCGCCAACAGCAAGUCAGCAUGCAAUAAAAAAGGCAUACAGAAAACUGGCAAAAGAAUUGCAUCCUGAUAAAAAUAAAGAUGAUCCAAGUGCUUCGCAGAAAUUCCAAGAUUUAGGUGCAGCCUACGAAGUUCUCUCAGAUAACGAAAAAAGAGAAAUGUAUGAUAGAUGUGGAGAAGACUGUUUAAAGAGAGAUGGUAUGAUGAACAAUGCCGAUCCUUUUGCUAGUUUCUUUGGAGAUUUUAGUUUUCAUUUUGGUGGAGAGUCCCAGCAACAACAUGAAACACCUAAAGGUGCCAAUAUCAUAAUGGAUUUAAUGGUUACAUUAGAAGAGUUGUAUAGUGGAAACUUUAUAGAGAUCACAAGAAACAAACCAGUUAUGAAGGCAGCUAAAGGAACAAGAAAAUGUAAUUGUAGACAAGAAUUAGUUACUCGCAAUUUGGGAAAUGGAAGAUUUCAAAUGACCCAGCAAGCAGUAUGCUCAGAAUGUCCAAAUGUUAAAUUUGUUACCGAAGAACGAGUGUUAGAGGUUGAAGUGGAACCUGGUAUGGUAGAUGGGCAAGAAACCAAAUUUACCGCAGAAGGUGAACCGCAUUUGGAUGGAGAUCCUGGAGAUCUAAUUUUGAAAAUACGAACGCAGCCACAUCUAGUUUUUGAAAGAAUUGGCGAUGACCUCUAUACAAAUGUUACUAUAUCUAUGCAGGAUGCCUUGAUAGGCUUUAAAAUGGACAUAGAACACUUAGAUGGCCACAAGGUAUCCAUUCAGAGGGACAAGAUCACCAAACCAGGAGCUCGUAUUCGGAAAAAAGGAGAAGGAAUGCCUAACUAUGACAAUAAUAAUCUUCAUGGCACUUUAUAUAUCACAUUUGAUGUUGCAUUCCCUGAUACAGAAUUCACAAGUACACAAAAAGAAGAAAUAAAAAAUCUACUUCAACAGAACUCUAUAAAUCGAAUUUAUAAUGGAAUAAGGGGAAACUAAGAACUUUAAGUGCAAUGUAUAUAUAAAGUGACACUAAAAUGUGCGUAUAAUUGAAGUGCAUGUGCUGAUGACUUUGUGUGUUUCUAUACCAAGUGGUGUUUUUGCUUCCUUAAAAAUACCAUGGAUACCAACUGUGACGUGGUAGCCAUUUGUUAGGUCAGUUAUAUUGAAUACUUGUAGCAUGACAUAAUAACCACCACGUAUACGCAUACUUCCUGUUUGAUUAUAAAAGGACUGGUCAAGUAUGUCAUUGUCAAUUACGGUGGUACCACGUUAAUAAAAUUCGCCGUUCCGCCUCGAGGUAUAAGUAUUUUUGUUAUUGGUCGCACUGUUCACAUUAAAAGUCUACCGCGUGACAAAGAGCGUCAAGGAGAAACAUUAGAGUGACGAGAGCGAAUAAAAACUGGUAUGCAUUGGCGUAACUGUGAAAUAUCAUACCGAUCAAACAACUACUUAAGUUUCCCAUGACCGUGAUUUUGUGAUAUCUUACUACUAUGUAUUGGUGGUGGAGAUCUCGCCUAGCCCUAGCUAGACACUCGGCAAUUUAACAUGGUACCACUAUAUUUAUGUGGAUGUCAGAAAUGUUUGAGUACUUUAUUUAACAAAAUAAGUUAUUUCAUGUUUAAUAUGCGUGAGUGAUGCAUGAAUGUCUUAUAUGAUCAGAAAUUUUGCAUUUAAAGAGUGGAAGGGACUUAACGACCAUGUUUUGAAGUAUCGGAUUCCCUAUUCAAAUACAAAUAAUUAAGCGAAGUAAUGUGUUACAAUUUUCUUAUCAAUAUUAUUUACAGUAAAAUUUACAUCAGCCAUUAGCAUUAAUAAAUACUAUUCAAUUAUUUAAUUUACAA